AUGGCGCGGUCACUUACCCGCAUGCCGACUCUAGUUGCUGAGACACGAGAGGAGCGCGUCCAUGACCUGGGCGUUGAGUGCCCGUCGCUUUUGGAGUGGAAGCACUGGAGAGCCGGUGGCGAGUACCGGAAGAGUGUCACAGUGCGGAACGUCAGUCAGAAGCACCAGCGUAUCAAGUAUGCGCUGCCGUCGAGCGGGGCAUUCAGCAUGGAGUAUCCAGAAGAGCUGCAUCUGAGCCCUGGCAUGAGCGCGACCCUCGUGGUUAUCUUCAAACCCGGGCAGAACCCGGUUUACUCCGACAAGAUCAUCUUCUCUACGGCCAAAGGGGCGUUUGCGGUGCGUCUGGAGGGAAGGCAUCCGGGCGCGGAGCUGGUUAUGCCAUCGCAUCUCGACUUCGGGUUUUGUCCCGUCAAGGAAAGCACACCGCAAGCUUUUGCGGUGCGAAACACUGGUCACGUGCCUCUCGCUUUCUCCUGGGAGUGCGUCGCGCCCUUCGGCAUAGCCCCAGCGAGAGGGACGUUGCAACCAGGAGAAGCAGCCGAGUGCACGGCGGCGUUUGCUCCCGACGAGGCCUCGUCUUUCACCGCUUCAGCCACGUGUACGACGUCCGCCGGCGCCACGUCAUCGCUCACGCUCGUCGGCGUGGGCAAGUACCCCUUCCUGUCUGCCUCCACCACAGCCGUCGAUUUCGGGGAGGUUCUCAGCGGCUCGACCGUCGAUCACGAGAUUAUUCUCACCAACGCGGCCCUCGUGGCGGCUGCGUUCGAGCUCAGGAGUGUGAAUGGGGGCGGGGAGGAGCGGGGCAUACGGGUGACGCCCACGAGGGGGCGGCUGCUGCCGAACGAAAGGAUCGCUUUGAGGGUGACGUACUCGCCCUCGUCCGCCGGCACGUCGGCGUCCGCGACGUUCGAGAUCCCCACGGCCACCGGGCGCUCCAUCCGCAUUGAAUGCAGCGGCUCUGCGGUGGGGCCACGUGUCACGCUGUCGGCGUCCGGGCUUAACUUCGGGAUGGUCCGGGCGGGCACGGACGCGGUCCGAAGCGUCCGGCUGGAGAACCACUCAGGAAUGGAGGUCGCUUACCAACUCCGCGGAACGGAGUCCGGCCCCUUUUCCGUUGAGGUCACCACCGGAACCUGCCCCGCCUUCGGUUCAGCCACCGUCACCGUCCGCUUCGAUCCGAAAGAUCCGCUUAUGUACCACAAGCGCCUUUUCCUGCUGAUCCGGGACCACGCACCUCUAGCCGUUACUCUGAUCGGCAGUUGCUUCAACGACAAAAUGCGCCCCCCCCUCCUCAACCUGAAGCAGUUUAGAAACGGGUCGUCAGUCCAAGGCGAACCAGAUUGUUACGAAGACCCAAAUCUAGAGAGAGAGGAGGGAACGGAAAGUCCGCCGGAAUCGAACCAUAGCGGAGCGGAAGAGCUAGAGCGCUGGGAGGCGCUGUUCGCGGGCGCGGAGGAGAGGACACGUGUCCACGCUGACGUCACCCGGCUCGACUUCGGCGCGUGCGCGCGCGGGAAGCCGUCGGAGUUCAAGCCCGUAACGCUCACCAACGACUCCGAGGAGCGCGUUACAUGCACCUGGAUGACCCCCGAGGGGUUUGGCGGCGCUAACCCGGCGGGUUCAGAGGGAGUUAAGCUGUACCAGGUUUUUCCCCAAGAGGCGGAGAUACGACCGGGGGGCUCGUUUAUUUUCAACGUCGUCUUUCGGCCGAAAAGGGACAACUGCUUCUACUGCGACGACCUGGAAGUUCUAGUGGUUCCGAAGCGCUUGAGGCAGUGGGACGCCGCUCUAGCGGAAGUGCCGCCGCCCUCGGCGAUGAAAGUUCGGGCGAUCGCGCACACGUUCAAGCCCGGCGCCGACCACGUGAUGCCGCGCGCGCAAUUCUCGUCUGAGUCUGUGGCCCUCCCGCCGAGCCACGUGGGGGAUCCCUCGUUCCAAACGUCGGUUAUCUACAACCAGGGGGAUACACCGCUCAAGUUCGAGAUCCGCCCGACGUCCCUCGACUCCCCUUUCAAAGUUCACCCGACCGAAGGCGUCAUCCUCGGGCACGAGUUCCAGGUUCUGGCGUACCGAUUCUGCUCCGAAACCGAGGGAUCUCGUUCAGAACGAGUACUCUGCUUCUUCAACAACUCGCCCGCAAACCCCACCGAGCUGCGCUUAACCGCCGGGGCAUUCUUGCCGCGGGUCGAGCUAACCGAAGAUGGUAACCUCGGCUUCCGUCCGACGUGCGUGGGUGCCGUUUCGGAACGUGGGUUUGCGGUGCGGAACCUGGUUAAGAUCCCGGUUAGGGUUUCGUGGGCGGUUCCCCCGCGAUGGGCGGCGGUGAUUGGGGUGCAACCUGGAGAAGAAAUUUUGAGAGGCGGCGAGACUAGGGAGUUCGCCUGGAGCUUUGCCCCGAGGGAGCCCGGGGUGACGUCAGCCAAGGUGCAAUGCUUCGUCAGCGGUGUGCGGAUCCGGUCGGUUUAUUCCGCCAGACAGGAUUCAGGCCCCGGUGUCAAGACCUCGGGAAAGGUGGUUCCGCUGGGAGAGGAAGACAUGUCGGGUACGAACGAGGUGGGACAAAAGCUGACGUCAGCGGCCCAGAAGGUGACGUUGAGCGUAACCGGGGAGGGCAUUUCCGGAGUGUUUAAGCUCACUCCCGAGGAACUAGACCUGGGCACGUUACUGGUCGGAGCAAAGCACCGGGCGGCCCUGACGCUGCACAACCUGAGCGACGGGCCGCUGCAAUACGCGCUCGACGCGCGCCGCGCAGGAUUUGAGGAUUUAGACGAGGACGAAUUGGAGGGCGACACGUGUCUCAAGAUCGAGGCGCCUGCCGGAACGAUUCCGGCGCGGUCUUCCGUUUCCGUUCCGGUGAGUCUCCGGCCAAGCCGCCGGGCAGAAAUGUCAUUCGAGGUGACGUGCGCGAGGGUCGACGAGAGGAGAGCCGCCGAGGGGGAUCCCCCGGGUCACGUCAGCUGGGGAGACGGAACCGAGCUCUCCCCAGAGAACAGCUGGCAGGCGGCGUCAGAGCCCGCCACGUGUCUCGUGACCGCGCGCGCGGAUUACCCGACGCUGACGGUUGCUGACGUUAGGAGCGACGGCGUCAGCAAGGACCAGCUGUGGCGUCAGUUAAGGGCAGGUCAACUUAACCAGCUUUUGGCGGGGGAGCCGGGAGAACUAGAGCGGAGAUUAAAUGGGGGGAAGGAGAGCGCGGACUGGGCCGGAAUGGAGGAUGGAUUGGAGCGCCACGUGGUCGAUUUGGGCGCAGCGGUAACUGGGGGGAAGAAAGUGCGCACGCAUCUGGAGCUCAAAAACACAGGUCUGCUGACAUCAAAGUGGAAUAUUCGCCUGUGGGGCAAAGAAAGCGUGAGCCUCGAGAGCUGGGUGCAGACCGGGAAGCCUAGAACUUCCGAGGACAAGCACCGCGCGCAAGUCAGAGAGGAGAACCUCUUCGAGGUGCGCCCCCGGGGUGGCACCCUGAGCCCGGACGAGAGCUGCCACGUCAGCAUCGAGUACCAACCGGGCAGACCCGGUACGCACCGCCUGCCGGCGCUUCUGGAGAUCUCUAAAGGUCGCCGCACGCUGCUGAACCUCGUGGGAAGAACCCUAGAGUUCUACGAGAAACUUUUAAUCUUUUCCGAGAACCCGUUUGAUCUCGGGGGGGUCGUUUUAGGCGAGCGGCGGCCGCCCCUCCGCGGGAUGACGCUUCGGAACGGCGGCCCGUCGGAGAUCCGUUACCAGCUCGACACCCAGCCGUUAACCCGGUUAAGCGAGGCGAACCACGGGUUUGACGUGCUAACCGUGCGGAACCCGGAGGGCUGCAUUCCCGUCGGCGAGAGCGUGCAACUCGAGUGGCUGUUCACACCGAUCGAGGAGCGCGAAUACGAGGUCGAGCUUCCGCUGCUCGUGUGGGGGGCGGAAACCACGUAUAUCACCCUCAGAGGCCGCGGAGUCCGGCCGGAAUACAUGUCCCUCCCGGAAACCCCCGGUUUGGACCUUGGGUUAGGGUACAACCCGCGCCAAACCCUGAACCUCCCUAACCAACGCGCGACUCUGUCCGUCGAGAGCAUUAACUUCGAGCACGUGCCGGAGCUGUCCGUAAGUCGGCGGCUCGUGACGGUACGGAACCGGAGUUCGGACACCGUCCGGUUUUCGUGGCGACCGUCAUUAGCUGCGGACAGUCUCGCGUGCGGCCGCUUGAAGGUGGAACCGGAGCGCGGAACGAUGGCCCCUGGGGCAGAGUGCGUGUGCAAAGCGGUGAUGACAGCUGGCACACAGCCCGCAGUGUUUGAGGCAACCAUGAUCUGCGACGUCGCGCCAGCACCGUCUCAAGCUGCCGUCAAAUGUCCCGGGUCCCUCUCCCCCUCGUCCCCGGGCGCCACUCGGACACGUGGCAGCGUCCGGUGGGACACCGGCAAAGAGAACAAGAAGCUCCCGCUACGAAUCGCCGGGGAAGAGGAAGUAAUCGUCGACACGUUCCGCAAAAUUGGGAAGGAUACUCAAGGGAGGGCGCCGCUGAGUCACCAGUCUGUCUUGGAGGCGACCACCGAGAGCUACCGGACGAGACGGGACGGCCGGAAUCCGGGCGGAACGGUCAAGGCCAGCGGAACCAACGGAACUGCUCAGUCGGGCGAGCAGGCUGAGGACUCCGUAUCGAGUUUGUUCCUGACUUUGACUGGGCACGUUCAUUCGGGGGAGAGCUACCGGUCGCUAUUCGGAGAGUCCGGGAGUCACUUCCUGGUAGAAAACCCCCCGGCUGUCCCAACCGAGAGCGCGGUACCCGGACCGCAGGACCGGGAGGUUGUGGGCGAAGUCCUCGAAACAAUCCUUCGGGAGGCGUUCCGGGAUCCGGACGUCCGAACGGCCUGCGAGGCAGGUCCGGUAGACGGACCGUGUCUGCAGUCUGCGGAAGUUCCCACGUGGGCGUCGAUGCGGCGGAAAACGGCCGGGGAGGCAAAGGCAGACCGGGGAGAAAGCGGGGAACUCUUGGAGGUCUCACCCGAACGGAACGCGUCCAGACCUUUCGGGGAAGCGGUGUCUGAUGGAUAUCCCGCCGGAUUCUCGACGGAAGGUAGGGGAGAGGCUGCGGAAGAAAGUGGAGAAGACAGAGAAGGAAAGGCGGAGCCUCGGGACGUGGACGGUGAGGUCAGCAUGAGUGCUGGUGACGUCAUGCUGAACGUCAUGCAUGGCGACCGCGAGGAGCGCGCGAAGGGGACCGGGCAGACUGGGGCUGUGCGGAGUAUUGGAGUGGAUCAGGCAGCGGACUUAAAGCGUCUUGCUGAGUUCGUUCUGGAAGGCACCUUAUUCAGCGUUGUGAAGGAUGCUUUGAAGGACAAGGAUUGUCCGUAA